GUCGCUGUUUUCUAUGUUCAACAACUUUGCUCCGUCAAAUUCAGUCAAAUUUGACGAAAUCGUAAAUAUGACGGACGAUAAGAUUGGUUCGCUCGAAGAAGAAGCUUUAAAAAGGAAAGAGCGUUUGCAAGCUCUUAAGAAAAAAAAUGAUGAUAUCAAAGAGAACAAGAUCGAAGAAACGGCAACGUUACCUAAACCAAAAUUUCGAAGUUACAAACCACAGGACGACAAUCUAAAGGACAAUGUCGUAGAGGAAGCGAAGGUUGGAGAUGUUGAGGCAGAAGUUCAAGAUCAGCUAAGUGCUGCUAAUACAAAAGUCGUUAUUGAAGAACUUGAUAUAAGUAAUUUAGCACCUCGUAAGCCAGACUGGGAUUUGAAGAGAGAUGUUGCGAAGAAGCUUGAGAAACUGGAAAGGAGGACGCAAAAAGCUAUUGGAGAACUCAUUAGAGAACGUCUAAAACAGGGUCAGCAUAACCUUGCAUCUGUUGUUAACAUGGCCCCUGGAGUUCAACCUGAUACAUCUGUAAAGGACUAAUGUCAACAAUAGAUUGUAGGAUAACAUGUAUUUUUCCAUAUGAGAGCUAAGAUUGUUUGUGAAUGUAUAACGUGAUUUAAUAUCAUUUUGAUUAUUUAUCAUUUCGUUUGUGCACACUGUACAACAAAUUGUAAAUAUUCUAUAUACAUAAAUAUAUUGAUACAUUUUUAUAACA